AUCGCUGGCUGAUCUGCGGCUUUUCUUCAUCACCCCGCAGCAGUCACUUCUCGAAGCAAUCUCGUGCCGUGCAAAUGCAACUACCGUACAGUGAGAGAAGACUGCGUACGUGUGUCUCUUAAGUUUUUUGUUCCCCUCUACGGGAUCCAACCGACCAUCACAGAAUAAGUUACGCUUCACAUAUUGGAUAUCGGAUAGGAGAAGGAAGUCAGGUGUGUAACCGGGAAUUUGUGCAAGAACUGUUCCGAGUGCGAGUGCUGUGAAAUCCCCGCUGGAAGGAGGACCGUAUUUUGAGUGAAACCUAGGAAUUUGUUCCCCCCGAGAGAAAGAGAAGAAAUGAGUGCAGCACCAGCCGCUUCUGCCCCGGCCCCAGCGCCGGUCCUCAAGAGAGGAAUCGUCAAGCAGGUUCUGUCUGGCGAUUCGGUUAUCAUCCGCGGCCAGCCGAAAGGAGGACCCCCACCGGAGAAGCAGAUCAACUUUUCCGGAGUGAUUGCCCCGAAACUCGCCCGCCGACCAACCAACAAUUCCACGGAGAUCACCAAGGACGAACCGUACGCCUGGGAAGCCCGCGAGUACCUGCGUCAGCGAUUGAUCGGCCAGGAAGUGUACUUCUAUUCCGAACGGCCGCCGAAUGCCACCCGCGACUAUGGCUACGUGUGCCUGGGCAAGGAUCCGGCCACUUCGGAGAACAUCGUCGAGUCGAUCGUGUCCGAGGGUCUGGUCAGUGUGCGCCGGGAAGGUGUCCGCCAAACGCCCGAACUAACCCGCCUCUGUGAGCUGGAAGAUGCCGCCAAGGCUGCCCGCAAAGGCAAAUGGAGCGACUCGCCCUCGUCCGACCACGUGCGCAACAUCACCUGGAACAUCGAGAAUCCGAAGGCGUUCUUCGAUCAUCACAACGGCAAACCGAUCAAGGCCAUCAUCGAGCAUGUCCGCGAUGGAUCGACGGUGCGUGCCUUCCUCCUGCCUGAAUUCCAGCACGUUACCUUGAUGAUGUCCGGUAUCCGGUGCCCUGGCUUCAAGCUGGACGUUGAUGGCAAACCAGACACGACGGCUGAAGUGCCAUUCGCCGAGGAAGCUCGGUACUUUGUUGAGUCCCGCCUGCUGCAACGUGACGUCGAAAUCCGCCUCGAAUCGGUGAACAACUCCAACUUUGUUGGAACGAUCAUCUUCCCCAAGGGCAACAUUGCUGAAGCCCUAUUGAAGGAAGGUUUCGCCAAGUGCGUCGAGUGGAGCAUGCCCUACGUGAAGGAAGGCGUUGAUCGUCUCCGUGCUGCUGAGAAGCAUGCCAAGGGCAAUCGGUUGCGUCUGUGGAAGGACUAUCAGGCCCCGACCGCGGCGUACAACACCAAGGAUAAGGACUUCACCGGCACUGUGGUGGAAGUGUUCAACGGUGAUGCCGUCAUGGUCAAGAUCAGCAACACCGUCUCGAAGAAGGUCUUCCUGUCCAGCAUUAAACCUCCACGUGAGGCCGCCCGUACUGCCGAUGAGGAGGGAAAUCUGCCACCCCGCCCAAAGGGAUCUCGCCCCCUCUACGAUGUUCCGUGGAUGUUCGAGGCUCGUGAAUUCCUGCGCAAAAAGCUGAUUGGCAAGAAGGUGCACUGCUCGCUGGACUACGUGACUCCGGCUCGUGACAACUUCCCGGAGAAGUGCUGCUACACCGUGACCCUGUCCGGAGCUAACGUAGCGGAAGCCCUGGUAGCCAAGGGUUUGGCCACCGUGAUCAAGUACCGCCAGGACGAUGACCAGCGCUCGGUGCACUACGACGAACUGCGUUCCGCCGAAACGCAAGCCAUGAAGCAGCUGAAGGGUGUGCACGCCAAGGACGACAUUCCCUCGCACCGGAUCAACGACCUGACGGUGGACCACUCCCGCAUCAAGCACCAAUACCUGCCCUCUUGGCAGCGUGCCCUGCGUACCGAAGCCAUCGUCGAAUUCGUUGCCAGUGGUUCCCGCUUCCGUAUCUACUGCCCGAAGGACAGCUGCCUGGUGACAUUCCUGCUGGCCGGUAUCUCCUGUCCUCGUUCGUCGCGACCUGCCCUGAGCGGAGUUCCCGCCCAGGAAGGUGAACCCUUCGGCGACGAAGCCCUGCAGUUCAGCAAGGAACGUAUUCUGCAGCGCGAUGUGAGCGUCAAGAUCGAAACCACCGACAAAGCGGCCACCAGUGUGAUCGGUUGGCUGUGGACCGAAAACAACGUCAAUCUGUCGGUUGCCCUCGUUGAGGAAGGUCUUGCCUCGGUUCACUUCACCGCCGAAAAGACGGAACACUUCCGCGCUCUCAGCGAAGCCGAAGCCCGCGCCAAGGCCAAGAGGAAGAACAUCUGGAAGGACUACGUCGAGAAGGUCGAAGAGGACAACAAGGAGAACGAGGACGAAAAGGAUGAUCCUGCUGCCCCCGCCGACCGUAAGGUCAAGUACGAGAAUGUGGUCGUCACGGAAGUGACCCCGGAGCUGCAUUUCUACGCUCAGCAUGCCGACCAGGGUGCCAAGCUGGAAGAGCUCAUGACCAAGCUGCGCCAGGAGUUCCGUGCAAUGCCUCCGGUUACCGGUGCGUACAACCCGCGACGAGGCGAUAUGUGUGCGGCCAAAUUCUCGGAAGACAACGAGUGGUACCGUGCCAAGGUCGAGAAAAUCGAAAAGGGUGGCAACGCGUCCAUCCUGUACGUCGACUAUGGCAACCGCGAGACCGUGCCCACGACCCGCCUAGCCAUGCUUCCGCCUGCCUUCAUUUCGGACAAACCGUACGCGCACGAGUACUCGCUGGCGCUGGUGGUCCUGCCAACCGACGAAGAGGACAAGGCCGACGCCCUCAAGGCGUUCGCCCAGGAUGCGCUCAACAAGACCCUGCAGAUGAACGUCGAGUACCGUGUCAGCGGAGCCGAGCAUGUGACCCUCGUUGACCCUGCCACCAAGGUCGACAUCGGCAAGGAACUGGUCAGCGAUGGUUUCCUGAUUGCCGAAAAGAACAAGAAGGACCGCAGACUGCAGAAGCUAAUCAACGACUACAAGGAAGCCGAGCAGUCUGCCCGCAAGAACCGCAACGGCAUCUGGCAGUACGGUGACAGCACCGAGGACCAGGCCGGCGAAUUCGGCCUCAGCCGUUAAUCGGUGCCCUCGGCCACCAACUAAUCGAUGUUCACACCUGCCCUUCAAGAAAAAAAAUAACAUAUAUUAUUACAAUUAUUAUCGAGAAGAAAAAAAUCCCACUAUAUAAUUGCGAGGAACAAAAAACCAGAAGCAGACAAAAUCAUCUAUUUAAGAUAUUAUUCCAGUUUAUAUAUUAUUUUUUUCCAACCAAACGAGAAAACCACAAAACUUCCAACACAUCCACUAGUUAGCAGAGAGGAGAACGGAGAACAGAGUUCCGACCGGCAGCAGCUCCUUUAUUCAGUAGUAAUAUCCACGUAUAGAUAUCGGAAACAAAAGAGUCACGUCGAGUGAUUUCAGGGAAGAUCAAUACCUAGUGCAACACAACCGAAACAAUCAACCAAUGGUUUUUCUCUCACCGGUGUAGAAUUUACCGACAAAUGUAGACCACGACCAACCAGCAGAUGUGUAAAACAGAGCAGCCAAGCAUUUUAAAACGGACAGUUUACACCCAGGUAGAUCAGCUCUCCUCUACCGAUAGGCUCCAUAGAUACCCCCCCCCCUCUAGCAAGCAUAGAAGAGACGCCGUACUACGCAAGAUGCGAAAGACUGUUUCACUCAUUAGCACUAAAAGAACAGAGAUAGAAGGAACAGACACCUAAUCCGUUUGAUUUAUUGCUAGAUCACUACUACUGCAUACGUAUAGAACAACGGAACAAAAUGGAACGGAAGUGGAGCUUUGUUAACAGAUUAUCGUCUUUAUUUUUUUUAUUUCCUGCAUUUUUUGCUUCCCUCUAAGAAAAUGAUUAAGGCUUCUUAAUGUUACAAUGGUGGAAAUAAAUUUUGUGAAACUUUUUUUUGUCGAACUUAGAA